AUGCCUAUUUCAUUAAGAAAAAAUUUUAUUAUUAAUUGCUAUGAAUGUCAUUCACUUAUAAAAUUUUGUGUGCAGAAUAUUCAAUUGAUUAACAAACAAAAGGUUGCUAUAAAACAAGGUACAGAACUUCCUAAUAAAGGCGCAUGUGAUCAUUAUAGUAAGUCAUUGAGAUGGUUUAGGUUUCCAUGUUGUAAUCAUUUGUUUCCAUGUGAUAUUUGUCAUAAUAAGCAAAUGAAACAUAAAGCAGAUUUAGCAACUAAUAUGGUAUGUGGGCUCUGUUCAAAAGAACAAAGUGUUAAAAAAGAAUGUCCAUGCGGUAUGAACAUGAUAGCUAAAACAUCGAGAUUUUGGGAAGGAGGUAAAGGAAAUAGAAACAAACAAACUUUAUCAAAAAAAGACAGUAGAAAGUAUAAAUAA